AUGAAUGGCUGCUCUCCUGGUGUCCUUGCUUAUACUCUUCCGGACCAGAAUCUCAUUUUCAACUGCCCAAUCUACUACUCCGACCUGCCUGCCCUUGCCCAGUCUUGCUACGAGCAGGAUCAGGCCACUACCACUCUUCACGAGAUGACCCAUGACUCUGCCGUUGUUAGUCCCUUCUGUGAUGACUUGGGUUAUGGAUAUGAGGAUGCCACUUCUCUUUCUGCUGCCCAGGCAAUUCAGAAUGCUGAUUCCUAUGCCCUUUUUGCUAAUGGUAAGCUUACCCUUCACCUUCAUGAUAUAGCAGGACUUUGA